CAGCCCGGAAAUUUCCGAAAAGAGCCGAACCCGUUGCAUUCUGGGAAAAGGAAGACUGGAGGCGGUCGCCAUAUUGAUUGAUUCCGCAGAUUCACUGGAGCAGAAAACAGCAACCUUUCUGAUUAAACGAGCUUAAAUUAAACAAUUACACAAGUAGCUGUCACAUAAUAUUACACGAGGUCGCUGCAGACCGUGCUGCAUUCACAAGACCCUCUUUAGCGGUGUCAGUCGGAUUUAUUCGUGCAGAAUAUGGGUCGCUCCCGGAGCCACAGCGCGUCCCGAUCCAAACACUCAAAACACAGCCGCAAACGGAGCCGCUCCAGAUCCAAAUCCAGCAAGAAAAGGAGCAGGUCAAAGGAACUGAAAAGGAGCAGAAGGUCCCGCUCGAGGUCAGACAGCAGGAGGGACAGAGGUGGCUCACCCCCGGACCGAACCGACAUGUUCGGCCGGACACUGAGCAAGAGAAACACCGACGAGAAACAGAAGAGAGAGGAGGAGGAGAGGAGAGCAGAGAUAGAGAGCCAGAGGAAGAUCCGUCAACAGGAGAUUGAGGAGCGUCUGAUUGAGGAGGAGACGGCGAGGCGCGUGGAGGAGCUUGUAGCACGGCGUGUAGAGGAGGAGCUUGAGAAGCGGCGUGAUGAGAUCGAGCAUGAGGUGUUACGGCGGGUAGAGGAGGCCAAGCGCAUCAUGGAGGCACAGCUUUUGCAGGAGCUAGAGAGACAGAGGCAGGCUGAACUGAACGCCCAGAAAGCCAGAGAGGUAACGCUCGGUCGUUCGGAACGCAGCGGAGCUGAGCCGCACACCCACAGCCGUGGCACAACCUGGCACUCGUUUCUCCACGAGAUACAUCAAGAGACGCAGGCUAGCUCGAUUGAUCGGGUGGGGAAUAAAAUUAAUUACAAAAUGCGACUUUUUCAAGGUGUGAUGUGAUGCUUGGAGCAGUUCUUUUGAGCUGCUGUCUGGGGAACGCUAAUAUUUAAGGACAUUGGGUGAUUGAGUCCGCGUUUACUCUGUUGACUGACAAGCUCUGCACUUUUUCUGUAAUUCUUCAAUUUUAUUGAGUCACACACCUCUAGUGCACUCUCGGGGGUUUCAAGUCAACGUUUUGCCAUGGCUGUGAUGGACCAAUAUUAUGUUUCCCAUCUUUUCGCUCCCCUUUUAUUUUCCACCCCUACCCUGCUCUCUUUACUACUCAUAUAUUUUUGCGUUUUACUGUCACCAAUGUAUGAAACUGUUUGUCUUCAAUAAAACGCUUUUCUUAAAAAAGUCACUCGGCAUUCAAACCAGGCCUGUUUUUGUGUAUGAGCUUUCAGUGUGAACAUCCACCAUUAUACACUUUGAUAGGUCAAGACGUAAUUCUGUUUUGGAUGUUACAAACACACAAGACCUUUUGUAGCCACUAGACCGCACUUAAACUUGUUAAUUUGCUAAAUCCAUAUCUUGUAAUUCCACCCAUACCAUAAAGGAGGGUUACUGUGCUGUAAUUGUAAAGACGCAAUGAGUUAUGAACGAGAAACUAAUUCCAUUCCACAAGCGCACACAAAAUCCAGUGGCUCAGCACUAAUAGGGUUAGAUAUGUGCCCUCCUUCUGUACAUUUUAGAUUUGUGCCCAUCAUCUGUAGCCCUGGUACUGAACCAUUAAAUGAAUCCAUAUUGUUGUAGAUUUAGGAAGAUUUUGUCUUCAUUUGCACCAUCAAUCACAAAACGCUCUACCCUUCCCUUUAUUGCUCAUCCAUUUCUGUCAUAUAUGUUUUAUAUUUAUUAAUGGCUGAAUUAUUUUUUUAUUAGAUUUCUAACAUUUUUUUUUUCUUUGACCCUUCUGUUUUGACGUCGUUACAAGUGCAGUGUUUUAAAUGUACUUCUGUGUCCUCACGAUUUGCUUUUCCUCAGGAGUGCUGCCGUACGGGUACACACACACACGCAAAAACACACAGACACACA